AUGUCGGAAACUACCAUCGCCUACCAGGCCCUGACUAAACAUCUAGCCAAGCAGAACUACGUCUUUGUGUGUCCGUCGCCAGAGACGCAGAGCAGGGUAGUGGAGAAAAGACGCUCGAAUGUCGCGACGGAAGAUGCCCAGAACGCGUACGACUUCUUUGGGUGGAACUUGUCAUGUACUAGAGAAGCACUCCGAUCGAUAAUACCCGACGACAUAUUCGAACGCCUCCACGAAGCCAGCGUGAUCACACAGAAUGACGACAAAAGCUACCGCUCCACCAUCCGCGUAUCCAACCUGUACCUUACCAAUCUCCCGAGUCGCGAUCCCGACGUCUCCUCGCUGUACUACAUCCAUUCUUCCUUCCCAGCGUCGUCCGAUUCCGUCUUCUGCGGCCCCGACACGUACUUCUUUGUCGGCUUCCUCCAAACCAUAUCCCGACACCUUCCACACGCACCCAGCAGUAUCGUAGACGUCUGCUGCGGAGCUGGCGCAGGCGCGAUACACAUGGCGAGGACAUAUCCGCAGGCAAAGACGCUGGGGCUGGACCUGAAUCCGCGUGCGCUGAGCCUGGCCGAGGUCAAUUCGCAGCUGGCGGGCGUCAAGGUGGGCUUUGCUGAGUCGAACCUUUUCACGACCGUGCCCGAAGAUCUGAAGCACCAUGGUGUGGAUCUGAUUGUCAGCAACCCACCAUACAUCGCAUCGAGUACAGACGGCGAGGAUCUGCCCAUAUACGCAGAUGGUGGCGCUGGCUUUGGUCUCGACCUCUCCAUACGCAUUGUAGAAGAAGGCAUGAAAAUCUUGUCGUCAACUGGUGUCAUCGUGGUUUACACGGGUGUCGCGAUGUCCACAGCCAAUCCUGGCCAUGAUAUCUUCCUAGAGAAGCUGCAACGAGUAGAAGGCGCGGAGCUCGCUGAGUACACAAUUUUGCAUCCAGACAUCUGGCCAGAGGAGAUUGGGAAGGGCGCUUACGCAGACGUGGGUAGGAUACAGGUUGUGGGUGCUGUGUUGCGACGCGAUGCCAAGGGUAUGGAGGAGGCAAAGAAGUCGUCGCGCAGACAAUGGGCAGUUUAG